AUUAUGGGCUGAGGGGUAAAGAAGGUCACGCAGUACAGUUUUGACAGGAAUGCGACUGCCACACCACCAGCACUACAAGUUCGAACUUUACACAGGCCCAGGCAUAUUUGCAUUCGAUAUCGAACAGCUUUCAGCACCUUGACGAACGAACCGAAAAACUCUGCUAGCGAAGGAAGAAGCGACGGACAAGAUUUACAACGACCUCAACAACCACGAAUGGGAAUGGCGUGACGCUUGCUCCAUCCUGUACAAAUCCUCACCAAGGAGCGCAAGACUUGCGCCCAGCGACGGGAGAUUUAUCGUAUUCUUGCGCUAGUAGUUUAUUUUUCUUUUCAAAAAAGAAAAAUUAAAAUAGACUGUCAACUCAGAGCCAAAAACUGCGGGUCUGAGUUUGUUUUUAGUUGCGCGUAGAGCCCGCCUUCCUUCAUUACAUAUGUGAAAUUUUAAGCUGUCAUAGCUCAUAGGUAGUUUGUUGAGGUCCUCCUGGUACAUAUGUGGUUUCGGCUAUUCCUCAGUGCAAAUCUCCAUCAUUCGCGACUUUUGAAAGCAUCAUGCCUGACAUUAGGUAGAGACGAGUGAGAAUUUUUUAGAACGAAAUUCAUGCAGGGCGUGCCGAUCGAGGAAAGGCAGAGCCACAGCCAGAGCAUCGAUAUCGAACUACGCGCCGGCCAGGCCCACGCUUUUACGAGGUGGUCACUUACACUUUUUAAUUUCGCUUGAAGACUUUUUCUAUUUCAACCUCAAGUAGAAGAGCAGGUUGUUUCUUUUCCCUCGUCCAUCGCCAAAAAAACGCAUGAAAUCCGUUUUCUAGGUGACGACAAAUGCGGAAGCGUUGUGUAAAUAAUGACAGAUGCAUAAACGUGAUUUGGAAUUAAGACUGAAAACAACUUUGCAGCGCCGGUCAGACCACUACGCGUACGUACGCAAUGGCGGGCACACUGUUGCAGUUCUUUAUUGCGGCCGUUUAUCCACUUCUGCAGAAAUGUCGUCUGGGUCUGGAACGUAGGUCGCACAAUUUGUCAGUUUUGUCUGAGACGACUCUGAGUUAAGUUCUGUCAUGCAAUGGCGCGAAAAGAUCGUGUUGCAUUUGCAAGGCAUAGGAGCGUAAAGAAUUUCACGCUACUUUUUUGCUGCGUAUUGCGGAACUUACGCCCUUCAGCGUUCAUAGACGUGCGUCAGCACAACUUUCUAGCCCGAGACAUAUUUGCAGAUGAUGCCACUUGUUUUUCGUGCGGCUUGGUCACUGCGAUGGAAGUGGAAAAGAACGCGGGGGGACGAAAGAACCUGCUGAAGCGCGUAUGGUGUGCUCAAAGGAGGCAAUCUCAAAUGGAACAAUGAAGAGUCCUCGCAGGCCCAGGUGUGUAAACGCUUACGCAAGAGAGUAAGAUUAACGAGCAAGAAUCUGAAGGAGCCUAAACUUGGGUCAUCUGCGUGGCGUCUUAUGUUUGUAUUAGUAUUUUUUUUGUUCUGGAUCACUCAGGGCGCAGGCGGAGGCGCACUUACUUACUUUGCACAACUCCUUUAGGAACUCGAACUUGUCAUGCUAGAUGAGAUAAGGAUAACAAACGAAGCAAAUGAAAUAUAUUUGGGCGCCUUUGGUGCGCACCAAUAUGUAUUUCUAUUUGCAUUUUGCUUUUGCAUCACAAGUUGUCAUUUCAUUUAUGAUCGUCGCAGUUGAGCAGGCCAUAGCGUGCGCGUGGGCGCGGUGGCGGCGGGGGUCAGACUCAGCACACCAACUCUGGUGGCCAGCACCAGGAAAAAUCGGUUGACAACGACCACUCUGUCUCUGUUGAACAGGCCACGACUUCUUCUCUGAACGAGUUCCAACUUGACGAAGGUUAUCCUCAGUACAAACGAGUUGACAGCCUUGCUACAUAACAUGCCAAGAAGUUUAGGCUUUUACCACGCACGACGAGUGUGUGACUCUAAUGUAGCCGUUGUUAAAGUACUAUCUGGCGCAGUCGCGUGACAAGUCUGGCGCUUCCUUCCUCCUGCUUAGACUACUAUGAUAAAGUGUCAGAUAUCAUUAAAAAUCACACCUCAUCAUGGGGCUGCGCAGUAGGCACAGUCUUUAGGAACAAAUUGGCCUAGCAAAGAAAAAGGCUCCUAAACGCCGACCAAAUGAAAACAAAACGGCAACUAACGGGGCAGGAAAGCACGAAAGGGCGGCCCAAGAGCGCCCCGGCCUUUUCAGGUUGUGCCCCUUCUACCCUGACGCGCGCGCCCUCGUUCCGUGUGCCAAUUGGCGGCCUUCGGUGGCACCAGCGGGAGCAGCGCGAAUUUCUAUGCGCGGCUGUGCGCGCAUGCCUUCUGGGCUGUCCGGCCACCGGCGUGCUGCUUAGCGACUAUCGCGAGGACUAUUUUGCGACAAGCACCCUCAAAGCAGACGCGCCGCUUUUUGACAGACGCGCAGGCUCCGUAGCGGUGCCGAGGGGAAGUCGUGCGAAUGUCGGACCAAGCAUUGCGGCCCUCUGUGUGGGGUAAAGCUAGUAGAGGGCCAAACGAGGACUCCUCCGCCCUUGUCUGCCCCAAGGUCGCGAGAUGUUGAGUCAGGUCGGAAGAGGGGCGGGGGAAUGAACCGACCUGAAGGCCACAGAAAAUGCGAAGGGAAGGGCGAAAAAAGAACAGCAACAGGCGCCACGGGAAGGCCUCGACGGCCCGUCGGGAAGCCGCCGGCCCGUCCUCAGACACGGUGGGAUUCUCGAUUUUUUCCGGUUGGGAGGGGCCCCCAACCGGAGAAAAUGGAGCGCCCCACCGUGUCUGAGGACAAACCGGCGGCUUCCUGGCGGGCCGCGAGGCCUUCCCGGCCGGUGCGCCUGCACGUAGCUGUAUGGCCUGCCACAUAGCGGCCCCUUCCCCUUGUCCCUUUCCUUGAGCCUUUCCUUCGGAUUUUGGUAGAUUUUCGGCAAAUUUUUGGGAGCUUUCAAAAACGCAGAGUGAUACGCACUCCGCCUUUUUUUUGACACGCAAAGUGACACGCAGAGUGACACGCACACUGAUACGCACUCGUCAAACACGACCUGUUUCUCGUUUUUGACGAGUGUGUACUGUCAAACCGCUCUGUAAAUUGACACGCAGUGAGUGCGUGUCAGUGCGUGUCACUUUUACAGACCGGAGAGAGGUUUUGGAAAGUUUUGGAAAUAUCCUUCACCGACGGUAUUGUGUGACACGCACUCACUGCGUGUCAAGUGCGUGUCACUCUUCACGCCUGUAUUCUCGCCACCAGCGAUUCGGUCGUGCGUGUCACUGCGUGUCACCAGAAUAUAGGUGCAAAAAGUGACACGCACUGACACGCACUAGAUGCGUGUCACUACCAUACCGUGCAGGAGAGAGACAACGCCUGUCGUCUUUUGGUCUUCCCCGAUGGUAUACGGUGACACGCACUGAGUGCGUGUCACUUUUUGCACCUAUAUUCUGGUGACACGCAGUGACACGCAUUGCGGUACGCAAGUGACACGCAGUGUGACACGCACUGCGUGUCACUUGCGUAUCACUUUGCGUGUCAACUGCGUGUCACUUUUUGGACUCAACUGCGUGUCAACUGCGUGUCACUUUUUGGACGUUUUGCUUGUCUGAGCGUGUUCAUUUUUUUGCGCCUUUUCUUCCCGAAUUCGACUGCCUUUUUUUGCGCCACAUUCUGCUUUUUUGAACAACAGAAAAUACGGCUUUUUUCUGUACUUUGGCAGCUCCAAGUUGAAGAAAAAGGCCGCGCUGUAUGUUUUGCUGCAGAAAGUACUCAAGACCGGCGCCCCCGCCCUGCUGGCGGGGGUCGGUUGGCCGGCAUGGGAGAGAGCACGAAGCGCCCGGAAAAGGGAAAAGAGGCCUUUUCCUGAAACUUGGCGGCCCGAAGUUGCAGAAAAAGGCCUCCAAAUGAUUGCCGCGAGCAAGUGCGCGCGCUUGGUCUGGCUUGGCUUCUUUGGCUCGGGCGAUGCUUCCUCGCUAUUGUUGGGCGCGCAGCUGGGCGCGCGGUUGGGUGCAAGCCGGCUUCUUGGCUGCGAUAGCUGCGAAGAAACGAAAAGACGAGCUUUUUCUGCAACUUGGCGGCCCCAACUUGUCGAAAAAGCCUGUCAGCCGAGACCUGUUGAACAAGACCGCUGCGCCUUUUGCUGCUGCCUGGCCGGAGGGGCCCGGUGACCUUCCGCCCUAGGCCCUCGCAUUUGUGCCUGGCCGCUAACUGAGGCCUUUUCUGGCAACUUGCAGCUGGGAACUUGUCCAAUUUGCGCGUCUUCUUUUUGUGUUUCUUGUGUUGGGCUCUGGGGCCAAAAGAAACACUUCGACAGCGCCACUCCCUAUCGCCGCCUGGCGUCCCAUGGCCAUGGUAGUGGACAUUUUGAGCGCGUUUCAGAAGCCACCCAGUUGCUAGGCCGAUUUGACUCCGACAGUCUGGGCAUGUAAAUCCUAUUAAUCCAAAUACGCAUGGCAAAUAUGGGGAGGGAACUUUUUUUACUCAGGAUAAAGGCGUGUCGGCUCUCAACACCACGACGACCGCGACUUUCGGGUUCCUGCAGCAGAGGGAUAUCGUACAGAAAAACACAUCCAGACUAAGACUAAAGUGCUUCUGCUUCCAGACCGCUUAUUCCAGGAAGGUAAAAUAUAAGCGUGUCGGUAAAGCUAGUAUUAGUAUACUUGACGGCUCUUUCAUUUAAUGAAAGAACCAAAUUAGUUUGUAAAAAAAAGACGAUCAGCAAAAAGAUUUCCAGAUGCUAAAAGUUAGUGUAGCUAGCAAUCCAAUAUCUCGCCCGGCGAUUUCGUAAAGUGGCGGACCUCCUUUUUGACCUCCGUGCUCAUCUAGAUGCUUUGCAACCUGUGUGCUGACCUAAGUGUUGGCCUGAGUGCUGUUGCAUCCAGAUUUGCGACAGGAUCUGGAGUAGAAUCAUCUGUGCCGACAUCUAGGCCACCGAUCCCCGCCAAGCAGUCAUCGCCUGGCCGGUGCAAUGCCGGCCGAAAGAAAUCAGGUCGGGGCUUGGUAAAAAUGCAAAGAGGCACAGAGUGCACGACAUGUGAAGACGUGGGUCCUGAUACUGAUCUUCUAGAUUUGGAAUUUGCCAAUCCGGUUUUUUUACUGACGCAAAAACUCGCAUACGCAAAGCAACCCAUCGCGAGUGUUGUAAAGAACUUCGGGUGUGCUUUUUUGUUUGAUAAGGAAGAAAAACAAAAAGGAAAAAGUUGGAACGGAGGAGAAGCCCACAACGUCGAAGCUCGAUCGCGUGCGGUCCUUCGUUCAGAACAUCAAACCCGAAGCUGUUGCUACUUAUGGCGCGGCCGCUGGUGUCGUCAGUUUGGGAGCUAUGGGACUUCGUUCUUUGUUGAAAAACUGGAAUAACUAUAUGCGGGAGAGCGAGGAAAACGCUUUCCGGGAGGAAUUCGAAGGGUACGCUCCUGUCAUGGUGUUUCCUUACUGCAAAAGCCACCUCGGUUGCUUUCGUAAAAUGCCUCUGGUGCUAGGUAAAGAUAGGUGAUCUGCCACUUACGUACUUGCACAGGCCUGCCUUUCGCGGGAAGGCAAGGGCAAGUAUGCAGAUUUUGGGCAAGGAGUAUGACAGAAAACUGGCCGGCGUUUGGGUUUGCGCGCCAAUGCAUGCAGGCAGCGUAAAUACUUUCAUCAUCAUCACCACGCGAGAAUACCGCAUUCAAAUCAACGCGCUCCUUUUCUAUAUUCGUUCUGCUGCGGGCGUAAUUGUAGUCGGGGCGUGCGCCGGCCUGCAGGCUCCUGAAACAGAAUGGCGCAGGGAUCGGCGCAUAACGAAUAGAAAAAUGUUGAAAAUAGCACUGCAGCAGCUGCUAAAGUUUGUUAGAAACUGCUUUAAAUUUAAAGACAUGAUAGGCGCCGGGGAGGUGGAGGCUUGUAAUACCAUAGCAUAGGGAUGACCUGUAGCGGUUGCCUUCUUGAGGCUUGCUGGCGCCGAGCUGUAGAUGUAUAAUAUACAUGAUAUGCUCGCUUCUAGUAGAGGCCGCGCGGUCCAGCUUUUCUUGAGAACAGGUCUGCAACCCACCUCGUCCAGGCGUAUUUUUUCACAGGAGCAGUGUGGUGUAUGGGGGCGAUUCAAAAGAAAAUAGAAGCAAACGUCGAAACAAGAACAUCACUUCUAGAUUCCUUGCCCUUGUUGUAUGGUCUAGUUUUGAGCCUAGCUCGCGCCACAGUAUCAUGCAAAAAAAAAGAAGUUAGUAGUCGCUUUCGUUUUAUUUUAGCCUCCCUCUAUGUUCGACAGUAGGUCUGGGUCAACUUGACACUCAUCUUGCGUUUCGCAGUGACAAUUGAGAAAGUAAAGUCAUAGUACGCCCGUGACAAUACACCAGGGGUCAUUCGUCCGCCGCGGACGACAAAUUAGACCGGAACUGGAACGAAUUGAACGAGCGUGCGGAUCGUAUUUUGCUAAGACUUGACGCAGUCGCUGUUCAUGCUUUCCAAGAGCCGCUGAAGGAGAAAGCUGCCCUGGAAGCAAAGUACCGCCGCCGCCGCAUUCACGAGCUAAGGGCUCGUCGCAAUAAAAAUAAUAAACCAAAAAUGAACGUUGAAUUGUCUUAUGAGCUAAAGACCGGCGAAGACGCAAUGGACAAACGAGCGACGAAGCUCUGGAAGGAAGCAGGAGAUGAUCUUCGCGAAGUACUGCAGCAAGCUGUCGAUUUGGACGAAAAAUGGAAACGGUUGAAAGACGAGGCGCGACGGGUUUUGGGAGAACUCAAAAAGAACGCCCCAUCCGUUUCAUCGUGGAAGGACUCUGCAAGGAAGACAGCAGACACCUUCAGCAACCGCAUUGAAAUGCUGACGGAAGAGCGCACAUCGAUUGGAGGCUCCAGCAAGUGGAUUCUUGCAGAAAAAUCAAGACUGAACUCAGCGUUGAGUGGCAGGCUACAAUCAUUCAAGCAGGACCUACAAUACAAUUUUGGGUGGCAGACUGCGAACACUGAACACUGAGCAUAGUCUUGGCUGGUGUGGUGCUACAAUACAAAACAAGAUAGAAAUCCGUGGUCGGGGAUGGGCCCCGGAUUUGACGCGGACACGGCACCAAGAACCGCCGGAAGCUGUCUGAGCUCCUCCACAUGGCUAGGACAUGUUUCCGUAAUCAAAGUUUUCUUUCAAGAACGACACCUCACGCAAAGCGAAGGAUCCGAGUUUUUCCACGUACUGGUGCUUCGUCUCUUUUUCUUUUUGGGAAAUAAAUGCACUGCGCUGGUGUUGGUCCUCGCGCUGCUCGAGGUCGUCGCACGAACACUCAUUGUCGGCGAUUAGCGUGCGUGCGAUGUCGUGACAUUUCAGACAAGAUUGAAUUCCGACCCGUAGCGUCGUGACAGGCUCCACUUCUAAGUUUUUGUGAUUUCGUAGUACGAAAAGUAGCGGAGUAAAUCAUUCAAUUUGGUGAGUGACAAGGAAGACAAUCAACGUCAUGAGCUACAACGAACUAGUGGACUCGUAGUUCAUCGCCGCCAAGAAUCGUCGCUCUCUGAUGUAAUACACGUGUAAUAUUUUCACGCACGAAAGUUAAAGUAAAAGUAGCGAAACCAGGUAUAAAGCUUUGCGUGCACGAUCGGGAUUUUUUUUUCUGAAGAACGCAUUUACAACAGCUUCACUUUCUAUAACCAAUUAAAGUCGUGCCGAAGCUGUGCCGGGGUAGUCCUGGGAUUUUCUCAGCAGAGAAAUGACGCGACCGAGUUGCCGUGUGGACGACCACUGCCAGUCGUCGUCGGCUUCUAUCGUCGCUCUGUCGCACCUCUUUUUACGUCGCACGAUCGAUGUGCACUAUGCGGCUUCUAACUAUACAAAAAGGAUGAUUAGAAGAUGAUGAUGAAGGAAAUUCAAAUUCUCUCUGAAUCGAGCGAUGAAAAAACGUGGAACACUAUGUAUGAAACGAAUCUGAUGUCCGGCGAGUAGGCGCUAAAGAUCAG